AUGCUGCAGCUUAGCAACCACAGUGCAAUAAUGUCCCGACUACAGGCAGGACUAGAGUUGAUAGCCGAGCCCUCUUCUUCAAGCGGCCAGGGCUGGCUAAUGCCAGACACGGAAAUAAAUAAUAUAGAAGCCCGUGCGGUGCCUCCCGUCCUUUUUGUGCUGAAUCCCGCAAUUGGACGCUGCGACAUCAGCGUCUUGGACCUCAGCACCUGGAGUCCUAGCCACCUGUGCCCCGCGUCCUGGGCGUUGCAAGACAGCUCAAAUAGAGUGGCCCACAGCUCCGCCGAUGGCGCCGAUGACAACUCCCCCGCCUCCGCCGCUGUCGCUGCUGCUGCUUGCGAUAGCGGCGCAGCCGCUGCUGCUGCUGCUGCUGCAUCAGAGCACUGCGCAUCGGCGGCGGAGGAGCCCAUCGCUGCCGCCACCGCCGCCGUACAUGAUACCACCACCGACGGCUGUGACGAUGGCGUGGCCGACGGCACAGCAAAGUUCCCGACUUCGUCGUCGUCGCUGCCGCUGCGGCGGUGCCUUGCAGAGGUGCCAGCGGCGGCAUCAUCCCCUUCCACCUCCACGGCAUUGCCGCCGCUGCCGCCGCCGCCGCUGCCGCCGCCGCUGCCACCGGAAUACCCUAGGCCCAUCCAGUUGAACGCAACGACAUUAUCACCGGCUCGUCCAACAGCUUGUCCAACUGUCAACAACAUCUCAGUGGAGCGUUUCGCCGUCGGCCUCGGCGUCAGCGUCGGCGUUGACAGACGGCUCAUUUGCUGUCCGGUGCAGCAGCCGCCAUUGAUGAUGAACUCGCAAGGUGGCGGCGGCAGCGGCGGCGGCGGCGGCUUUGAGGGGAUGAUAAGGCCCGCUAAGACCGUACGGUGGUUGGACCACGUCGCCCUGCAGGCCGUGGCCGAGGCGCAAUCGGUAGCUUCCUCAUUGUACGGCAUGGUCUCCGAAACACCUGACCGGCCAGUAAUGAUUACGGCGGCGGGGUUGGCGGAGGCGGCGGCGGCGGAAGGGCAGAAGGUGCCGGACAGAGGUGUGGCCAUGUCGUUCGCGAAGGACCGCCGUACUGUACGCUCCGACCCGUCGAUCUUUGUCAUACAGCCGCCGUACGCCGCCGCCGCGGCCGCUCGCGACGGUGACGACGACCCAGCUUUGGAGCUCUCCCGCAGCGUCCCACUUGAUUGGCUCUCUGGCGGCUGCUACGGCAAGUACGGCAUGAAUGGCGCCGGCGGCGAUGAUGAGGAUGGCGAGGAUGGCGACGGCGUUCUUGAAGGCAUCCACGUCGGCGUCGGCGUUGACGUCGAGGAUUCCGGCGGCGCCAUCAGCGUGCUUGACUCAUACACAGAGUUUGACGGAGACCCCGGCGGCGGCGCGGGGUGCGGACAUACCCAACCCCGUCAACACCAGUUUGACCAAACGCAGCAGGCGGCGGUGGCAACGGCGGUGGCGGCGAUGGGGUUGCAACGCGUGGCUCGGUCGUCCACACCGAACGCGAUGGUGAGAUGUACGGGUGGCAUCACGCAUGGCGACGGCGACGGCGACGGCGAACCGGGAAGCGCUUGCGGAGCCUCCGGCAGCAUCAUUUCCACGCUACAGACCCACAGCGGUACGACAGCGACUUUUGGAUUUGGCGGCUGUAGCGGACUUCUCAACAGCAGCGGCGUCGACGUCAGCUCGCCCUCCACUGCCGCCGCCGCCGCCGCCGCCGGCAUCGCGCCGCCCGGCGCCGCCACCGGCCUCGUGAACGCUGGCGGCGGUGGCGGCGGCGGCGGCAUUUCGUCAUGGAGCAUUUCACAGCCAGUUGCAAGUCCGGACCAUCUCGGUCGGGAGGUCGUACACUCUCCGGCGGCGGCGGCCGCUCCGUGUCGGCUCCGUGGUUGCUUUGGGGGCCGCCGUCGCCGCCUCUGCCGCCACGACGGCGGCGGCGCCGCAGCUGUGGCGGCAGCGCCGACGGCGGCAGGGCUGGAUAUGUGGUGGCGGCGGCUCCCCAAAGCGUUGACCCCGAGAUCCAGUUUGAGCUUUCUAAGUUCUUGCGUGCGAAGCCCACCCGCGGAGGCCUUAUGA